UCCCAUUGACGUUGAGUGAGCGAUGCGACCCGUGUUUCAAGUGCUCGGCGCUGUGCCGCCGUCCGACCCAAUCGUCACCGCCGAAGAGACGCGGCUGCUGCGGCUCAACGACACGGUCUACAACGUUAAGUUUCUGCUCGUCGGGCACUCAAUGACGCGCGAUGGCAGACUUAUCGAGGAGGACGUCCGGCUACAGCAGGAGAUCCAGUCGGUUAUUAUGAAUCUCGUUUCGCAGAAUGGUCGAGGCGGAUCGGUUCGCACAGAUAGCUUUGUCGUAAUGCCAGUCCGCAAAGAGUGGCCGGCGUCAAAGUCUGUCAACGUCAAGUCGCGCGACGGCAAGCUGCUGCGCGCACAUCCAUGGUCGUAUUCGUUGUUCUUUGAGCUGAUCGAUCCGGCACCAUUGUAA